AUUUUCAUUUCUGUAUUUGCUUAAACUUUCUAAAAUUCUCUGAAGCGAAACGCUCCAGCUUGAAGAACAGCACACCGAAUCGACUUCACAUCAGUUUCAGGUAAAAAUGGUUUCAUUGAGAGAACUCACAGAGCAACGAGGUAACCAGGGCAGAGAGGGAGAAGAGGAAGGGGUUUUGUCCGUGGAGCCUAUCACUAUGAUAGUGCCGCCGGAGUUGCAGGAUGUACUGGAAACAACGACGUCUGAGAGCAGCGCCAGUUCCAGCGCCAGCGACAAUGGUGACAACCACCCUAGUGCGUCGUCAAGCAGCUCGUCUACUGAAGAGACACCCAGCCGCGAAGAAGGGAUGGGGGAUGUGGUGAGCAGUGUCUCAGAUCGGCCGGUGAUUGGGGAAUGGGAAGGCGCGACGAUCCCAGGCAGGUUGAGCAACCUGCGAAAAGCACCGAAGGACCUGCCCACUGGAUUCAGGUUCAGGGCUGCACUUCAUCACGAAGUAGCAGAUUGUGCGCCCUCCAUAAGCGGAUAUAAAAGACUCGAGGAGAUGGUGAGGGCGUACCACAUCCCUAAAACUCUACUGUUGCGGACUGGCGGGCAGAACGAAAGGGCGUGCACAAUGUCGCAAACGGGCUGGAUCCCCGUGUAUGUGGACCACUUUGACGCCAGCCUGCGGUUUCCCCUGCCCGGAUUGGUGUUCGACCUGCUGGCGGACUACGAGCUGGCGCUGACGCAGCUGACGCCCAACAGCAUAAGGUUCAUUAUUGGCUUUAUGCUGUUGUGUGAGCGAUUAGAGGUACCGGCCAAGGCGAUCGUGUUCAGGUCGCUGUUUCAAUGCCGGCUGUGUCCCAACUCCCGAGGCGCGAAGUGGUACUACCUCUCCGGGAGAGACAAAAGCCAACUGUUCAAGAAUGUCCGGAAUAAAUUGCUGCCCCGGGAUGUCGAUCUGAAGAACCAGCUGCUUGAGUAUGCGCAGAGGGAGAGUCUGAUAGAUCUAGAAGCCCUGGUUACCUCGGAGCAGCUCGUCGUGUUCGGGUUUGUCGAUGUGGCAAACCUGUUCGUAGAAGGUAUACCUUUAUUAGAUAGUACUAAUUCUAGCCGGGCUGAGUCUUAUGCGUUUGUUUGUGCAGGAGAAAUGAGUAGCAUCUUAGAACGCCAACGUCAGCGAGCCCAGAGCUCACGAGGUCGCGGGCCGGGCAGCACCUCACAAAGACAAACACGGUUCGACGAGCGACCGCUAGCCGCGCCUCAAUCGCGCAGCUCGUCCCAGCGAGGGUCUAGCUCGACGUCCAGGCCGCGAGCAGAGAAUAGGGUUGAGGUGGCAGCUCCCAGUGCACGUAGGUGUGCACGUGAGGAGACGGAGGGCGACGAGGAUGAGGUCCCCCUUGCUCGACGCAGAACGAGCGGGGGGACUCAGCCAACGCAGGUGGUUCGACCUGCAGCUUCUAACGCGCCAGUAACAACUGCGCGGGCGGCGGCCGAGCCUGCUUUUACAUCGGCCUCAGUGUCGGGCCCCAGGAUCGCCUAUCCUGAGGGCUUCAGCUAUAUAAGGGCGGAGUGCCAGCCUGCCAUGGUGCAAGGCAUGCACAGCUUUGUGCCCCCCAUGGACAGUAAGCGAGCCAAAGCUUUCGUACAGCAGCAUAGCGGCCAGGUCGCCAUGAUAAAGCUGAUGGAUGCGUUCAGCUACGCAGUCGCGCUGUACGAGAGCGAGCAGGGAGCUCGUAUACAGAACAGCGAGCUCAGCGCAAACUGCAAACAGCUGGCUGCAGAGAAGGCUGGCCUCGUGGACGACGUCAACCGUCUACAAGGCUCUAAAAUGGCCAACCGCACAGCCACAGCGGAGAGCCGAGCCGAAGAGCUCGCAAAUAAGAUCAAUGAGCUCAAGGAGGAGCUGGAGCGAGCCCGUGCUGAGAAGGAAAGCGGGAUUCAAGCGGCGAAGGAUGAGGCCGCCCGAGUCGAAGAGCGAGCAAAGAGAGCUGAGGACGAGAGGGACCGUGCUCAGACCGAGCUGGGUUCGCUGAGGUUCCAGGUCGCUGAGGCCGACAAGAACCUCAGCGCCACCGAGGAGGCGCUGAACGAAUUGAAGGCAUCUCAUGCGCGCUCUGUUGGUAUUGCCCGAGCUCAAGGAGUAGAGUGGCUGGUCGGCUCGUCAACAUUCCAAGACGCAGUGGCGGUGGCAUCUGCUAACAUGACCAUGGAGAUCUACAACGAGAUUCGUGGGAAGGUGCUGCACCACCGCCCAGAUUUUCCAAUCCGCGAGCUGGUCUUCUUUGACGAGGAGGAGCUUGACGAGCAAGGGCGUGCCUGUCUGGCCACCGUUCGUGCUGGAGGACGGCGAGAAUCCAAUAGGACUGCCCUCAUUCGAUGCAUGGGUAGAGGUGCUCCUAUAGCUGAGCAGGAGCCUUCAAGCACCCCGUCGAACUCUCAGCCCGCCGUGGUGUCAGCUAGCUCACCUGUCAGCGCGCCAGCCUCUGAGCCCGCAGCCCGGUCUCCGCCAGCUCGCUCCCCUGCAACUGCUGCUAACGCAUCCAUGCCCGUCGAUCUGACGGAUGACUAGAUUUAGGGUUUUUCCUUUUGAUUUUUUUGUACUUCGUUUUUGUAUUUUUGUAUUUGAUCAAUGGAUUCAUAUCAUGUGUACCCUUAAUGUAAACAUCUUUGAUGAAAUACAAAAAUGAGUUUUUCUUUGAAUUUUGUUGUAUUUUCGGUGUAUCACUGUUUACAACUGUCGAAUAACAACUGGAAUAAAAGAAUAGUAUACAA